GCGUGCCUUCCCCGGGGUUAUCUCCGGGGUGGAGUCCGCGGCGUUCCCGCCGGGAGAGCGGCGCACCGGUCACCCGAGGCCUGGGCGCCCUCGCUCACCUCGCUGACUCCAUCCUAUCCCCCGCCCCGGGUCCUGCGUCCCUCCAGGCCUGGCCAGCCGCAACCCACUCCGCCCCACUUAGCGUGCUCAUUGGCCACCCAGGGCCUGCCCUGACUCCAUAAAUACAUGGUCCCCGGCAUGGAGCAGGGAGAGGGACAGGAGGAAAGCGCGGCGCCGGCAGCAUCUCCUCUACCCUCUUAGACGCCUCCACUUCGCGGCUCCAGAUUUGGAAGUCAGACUUGCAACCUACAGGCGGACUCGCCUCCUUUCCUUUCCUCUUCCAAGAGACAUCCGACUCCCUGGGGCGCUCCUCAGCCCCCGGGGCCAGCGCUCGGCGAGCAUCGCUCCGUGAGGCCGCCGCGCGGUGCAGCGUUGAGCAUCCUCGCCGAGGUCCUCUUUGCUGUCUGUCCCUCUUCUGCCCUCUCCAUCACACCUGCUGCCCCUUUGGCCUCUCUUUCCCAGAACUGUCAAGCCCCCAAAGCUCGCCGGGCUCCUUUUUAGCAACCUCACUCUUCCCAGACCCUGCACGAUCCCUAGCGCCUGGUCUACCUGCUGCCAUGAGCUCCCCCAUCAGCAAGAGCGGCUCCCUUGCAGCUUUACUACAGCAGCUGCGCAGCCUGGGGCAGCCCCCCAGACCCGUGACCUCUACGGCUUGCGCGCCCCGACGGUCGAAGGAGGUGCCUCUCUGCCCAAUGGAGCAACCCGGCGAGACGCAAGACGCGGCCGCCCUGCCGGGUCCCACCAGGUGGCCACUGCUGGGCAGCCUGCUGGAGAUUCUCUGGAAAGGGGGGCUCAAGAAACAGCACGAUACGCUGGCGGAGUACCACAGGAAGUAUGGCAAGAUUUUCCGCAUGAAGUUGGGUUCCUUCGACUCCGUGCACCUGGGCUCGCCAUGCCUGCUGGAAGCGCUCUACCGCACCGAGAGUGCGCACCCCCAGCGGCUGGAGAUCAAACCGUGGAAGGCCUAUCGCGACUAUCGCGAGGAGGGCUAUGGGCUGCUGAUCCUGGAAGGAGAAGACUGGCAGAGGGUCAGGAGUGCCUUUCAAAAGAAACUAAUGAAACCCAUGGAAGUUAUGAAGCUGGACAACAAAAUCAAUGAGGUCUUGGCUGAUUUUAUGAGUAGAAUAGAUGAGCUCUGUGACGAGAGAGGCUGCAUUGAAGACUUAUACAGCGAGCUGAACAAAUGGUCAUUCGAAAGCAUCUGCCUUGUGCUCUAUGAGAAGAGAUUUGGGCUCCUUCAGAAGAAUGCAGGGGAGGAAGCCUUGAACUUCAUCACGGCCAUCAAAACAAUGAUGAGCACGUUCGGGAAGAUGAUGGUCACCCCGGUCGAGCUGCACAAGAACCUCAACACCAAGGCCUGGCAGGCCCACACGCUGGCCUGGGACACCAUCUUCAAAUCAGUCAAAUCUUGUAUCGACCACCGGUUAAAGAAAUAUUCUGAGCAGCCCAGCGCGGAUUUUCUGUGUGAUAUUUAUCACCACAAUCAGCUUUCCAAGAAGGAAUUGUAUGCGUCUGUGACAGAACUCCAGUUGGCUGCGAUAGAAACGACAGCAAACAGCUUAAUGUGGAUCCUCUACAAUUUAUCCCGUAAUCCCCACGUGCAACAAAAGCUUCUGAAGGAAAUUCAGAGUGUACUGCCUGAGAAUCAGAUGCCGCAGGCGGAGGAUUUGAGGAAUAUGCCGUAUUUAAAAGCCUGUCUGAAAGAAUCCAUGAGGCUUACCCCGAGCGUGCCAUUUACCACACGGACUCUUGACAAGGCCGUGGUUCUGGGGGAGUAUGCUUUACCCAAAGGAACCGUGUUGAUGCUAAACACGUAUGUGCUGGGAACCAAUGAAGAAAAUUUUGAAGAUUCAAGUCAGUUUAGGCCCGAACGAUGGCUUCAAGAGAAGAAAAAGAUCAACCCUUUUGCCCAUCUUCCGUUUGGCGUUGGGAAGAGAAUGUGCAUUGGUCGCCGAUUAGCCGAGCUGCAGCUCCACUUGGCUCUGUGCUGGAUCAUCCGCAAAUAUGCCAUCGUAGCCACGGACAGCGAGCCUGUCGGAAUGCUUCACCUGGGCAUCCUGGUACCCAACCGGCAGCUCCCCAUCGCAUUCUGCCGGCGAUAGGAGGCCUCAGGCAUUUUAUUACCAAGACCAAGAGCGGCAGUUUUUACCCUCCUGCAAGAAUGAAGCUUUUGGCUUCUGCAUGACCAGAAAGCAAACAUCAAAAAUCAGGACCUGAAGCAACGUAUACAGAACAUUUAGGUUUAUACCCUUCCUUCUGUACAAUUGUUCCAGAAGCUGUACUGUCCAUAGAGAUAAUGGCAUUCAUCAAGAUUGUAUCUGACUCAGGGAAAGUGGAUGGAGUGUUGGAAUACAAGGCAUUCUGCAAGAUCCACUGCUGGCUUACACGUAACUGACGUCAGCGCCAUCCUGACUUACGCAGAACUGCCUGGUUGACCUUGGUGUCUUCCACGACAUAAUAGGGACGUGAAAGUCACUAAAGGUUUCUGUCUCUGCCUUACCAGAGUCUCUGCUCGACUCUCCACUUCUUAAAAGUUUACAUUUCACAAAGCAAGACCUACUCUAGCUAGAUGGUCUGGGACUCAGGAUAAUACUGGCAAUCCAUUUAUUGUAACUCUUUAAUAUAAUAUUUAGGAAAUACUGCUUAGUAAUGUCAGCAAAACUAAAUGUUGGUUAAACUUAUCUGAUCCCGGGAGUUCCUGUCGUGGCACAGUGGUUAACGAAUCCAACUAGGAACCAUGAGGUUGCAGGUUCGAUCCCUGGCCUUGCUCAGUGGGUUAAGGAUCUGGCGUUGCCGUGAGCUGUGGUGUAGGUCACAGAUGCGGCUUGGAUCCUGCAUUGCUGUGGCUCUGGCAAAGGCCAGCAGCUACAGCUCUGAUUGGACCCCUAGCCUUGGAACCUCCAUGUGCGGUGGGAGCGGCCCUAAAAAGACAAAAAAAAAAAAAAACUUAUCCGAUCCCUAUGAAACUAUGUUUUUUCCUAUUUUGAAAUGGAAACAUGAUUGGGAAAUUAGAGAAUGUGUUUACUUCAGGAAGUAUUCUGAUGACGUCAAAACCUCCCAUCUGGAGUUCCCGUUGUGGCACAGGGGAAACCCAUCCGACUAGAAACCCUGAGGUUUCAAGUUCCAUCCCUGGCUGCACUCAGUGGGUUAAGGAUCCGGGGUUGCUGUGACCUGUGGUGUAGGCCAGCAGCUGCAGCUCUGAUUCAACCCCUAGCCUGGGAACCUCCACAUGCCUCGGGCACAGCCCUAAAAAGCAAAAAACAAAAAAAAAACAAAAAAAAAAACCCACCUCCCACCUAAGAUUACCUUAAUGAUUUACUGUGGCAUCAUUGUGUUCAAGGAUCCUGAAAUUCUUUAGCUAUGGUAUUGAGUCUGUUUAGUCUAUGGCAUUAAGGAGUGGAUCAACCGUUUUUAAAUUGUGUGUUGUGUAUGUGUAUUCUAGUGGCAAUUUGUUUAUGUCAUUUAAAUACCAUGUAUAUAUGGUAUUUGAUUUAGGAUCUCUGGUUAGGGCAAUGUUCUAAAGUUCAGUCACAGCUUAAAAAUAUUCAGUGGCUUCCCAUGCCUUAAUUUUCCCAGCUGGUAGUAAAGCAGGCAUACAUGAUAGAUGAACUACAUAACCCACGUGACAUGGUUUGAACUCCUUGGGAAAAUAUGAUUUCAUAAAUGGGAAAUGUGUAUAGAUUUAUGCACUACUUGUAAAACUGUCUUAAAAAUCGUGUUUACGUUCAGUUUAUUUGCGCAUGUUUUUACUACUCAUUUUCCUGAAAGCAUACUAUAUAUUUCUGUAUAUUUGAUAAGGAUUUCCCUUUUAGGUUAUAUUUCUAGACUACUUCAGAAG